UGCGGCGUCUGCGCAGGCGCGAGCUCGAGGCGGACACGGCGAGCGGUUGUGUUCUCUCGUGCCCAUGGACGAACUCGAGAGCUGCGCCGAGAGGCAGCGUGACGAGCUCGCUGUUCUCGCCGCCAUGUUUCCAGAGGAGCUUGCUGAGGAGGAGGUGGCUCAUACGGCCGCCGCCAGUGCCUUCCUGGUGCGCUCGGGCGGCGCUGCGCUGCGGGUCAGCCUGCCGCAGCGCUACCCGCUGAAGCUCCCUCUCCUCUCCCUCUCCUGCCCGUCUGCUGGUCCCGAGCCGGUUGCGGCGGCUUCGCGCACGCUCGAGGCGGCUGUCAGCAAAGCGGCGGGAGAGGAGUGCUGCACCGGCCUCGUGCAAACCUUCCUCGAGCUCGUUGCGGCAGGCGCUCUCGCCGCCAAGGAGGCGCCCCCGGGCGAGAUUGUCCGAGAUUGCCCGAUGCGGGAGGAGAUCGUGAUCGUGAUCGACCACAUGAACGACGCGCCUGCCUACAUGCGCACCCUGGAGCGCUGGGCGUCGGAGCUCGUGUGUGCGGGCUUGCUUCUGUACAGCGAUGCGGGGCGGAGGGUGAGUGGCGUGAUGCUCGUGAUGCAGGGCGAGGCCGGCGCGCUCACCGCCUUUCUGCAGCGGCUGCGCUCCGAAAUGGUCGACGUCGACGCAAAGGGCCGCCGCUGCAAGGAGCGGUGCUCGACCGUCCUCUGCCGCCGUCCCGCGGGCACUUUCAAGCCGGGCUACCGGCCCGCCGCGGCGCUGACGGGAUGGCGAGCGGCGCGCUACGCCUCGGCGGAGGAGCGCGACGCACUGCUCGACGACGUUGGCAUGCUGCACGUUGGCAGCGGCGCGGAGCGCUUCGGGGUCGGGGUUAGUGCAGCUGGUGGCGGGCCGUGACCGGCACCGCGCCGUGAGGCCAAUAAUACAGU